AAUUUGCGUUUUGCGUUGGCAGGGGUCGGCCUGGGCCUGGUGGACCUGAAUGCCGUGUGUUCCGUCUGAAUUUAACUGCAAAAAAUCGAAUUUUCAUAUGGCUUGUCGAGCGUAAUUAUUUUCGGAAAGCAGCAUUAAAUUGGGAGUGAUUUGUCGCGGUGAUAUAAAGAGGAAGAAAACUGCGCCAGACAAAAUGACCAGUGAAACGAGUGGGACGAGCAACGUAGAGACGGAAUAUCUGGAGAUCAACUCGAAAGAGGCCUGGCCAGUUCUCUAUCAGCACACACGUAGCAACAAUCUCCUACCUACAUCCGUACAACAAAGCUCCUUGUCUGACUGGUCGCAUAUUCGCAACGAAUGCGGGAACUAUGCCUACACCUGUAACGAGUCGAAGAAACCACAAAACAGAAUAUUCAACCGAUACAGAGAUGUCGCGCCUUAUGACCAUAGUAGGAUUAUUCUCAAAAAAGGUCCUUGCGACUACAUCAAUGCUAACCUCGUGCGGAUGGAUCGUGCGCAUAGGCAAUACAUUCUGACCCAAGGUCCCUUGGCCAACACGUCAGGACACUUCUGGCUAAUGGUAUGGGAACAAAAUUCAAAGGCUGUACUCAUGCUAAACAAGGUUAUUGAGAAGAAUCUAGUUAAAUGUCAUCAGUAUUGGCCUUUGGAAGGAUCUUCUAACCACAUAAUGAUGUUCCCAGACGUUGGACUUAAAGUAGAAUAUCUUAGCAAAACUGACGCGUCGCAUUACACGACCAGAAUAUUGAGACUGACAGAUGUGGAAUCAAAGGAAAGUAGAGAAAUUUUGCAUUUCCACUAUACAAUGUGGCCAGAUUUUGGCGUUCCUCAAAGCCCUACGGCCUUUUUACAAUUCCUUGCUGACGUCAGGCAGUCUGGUGCUCUGGACCAAAACGUUGGCCCCCCUGUGAUUCAUUGCUCUGCAGGGAUUGGGAGGUCCGGAACAUUCUGUUUGGUUGACUCUUGCUUGGUAUUGAUAGAAGAAAAUGGUCUGAACUCUGUCAACGUUCGAGAUGUUCUGCUAGAGAUGAGACGGUAUAGAAUGGGCCUUAUCCAAACCCCAGAUCAAUUGCGCUUCUCUUACGAGGCGAUAAUAGAAGGAGCUAAGCAGCUGCCGUCCAACAACGUGAAUAUCAACACUAAUGAGGUACGAAAUAACUCAUAUAACCCAGUGGAGGCAAUCUGUAAUUCUCUAAUCGAAGAGGUGGAAGAGGACGAUGAGGAAGAUGAGGAAGACGAUACGCCUCCACAGCCUCCACCGAGAGGAGAGUCACUGAUGAAGUCGGAAUGGAUACCCAGUCCGACUAGUGACAAUGCAGAUAUCAGCAGCCCACCAGACAAACCGCUGCCGUGCGAACCUCCGAGCUACACAGAGCCCAGCACGAGCCCUCCACCAGCAAACCCUGCUCUUGUCGCAAACAAUUUGCACGAUCAGAAUAGCGACAACGUCGCUCUACCAGGGGAACUACAUAAUGAUGGAGAAAAUUCCUUUAAAGCCUCCAGCCCACCAUCCAGUCCAGAUACAAAGAACGAGUUGCGGCAGCGUAAUUUGGCAAAGAAGGAGAAAUUGGCCGCUCAGGUACGAGAGAUGAAGCGACGGCAGAAGGAAACCGAAGAAUGGCAGCAACUCAAGAGGUCAUUAUUUAAGCCCCUUUCAAUAGGUAUAGGUGCUGCGAUUGUCGGUGGGGGUGUUAUCGCAUUUUGUGGUUACUUAUACCUUCGCGGAUAGGUAGAGAAUAAAAGUUAAAUUUAAACGAUACACAUACGCGCAACCGGAGUUAUUAGUCCUCGGCAUAAAUUAAAACCCAUGUGUGUUUCGGGGGCAGUUACUUCUCUAUAAUCCGAGCGUAAUAUUCAGUCCAGUAAACCAGCAAUGGAUUCAAUGACGCGGUGAGUUUCUUCGAUAUUUUUAUUAAGUCCAAUGCUAUUCAAGAGCUUCGUCACAACGCAUUUAUGCGAUCGCGUACUACUUCCGUGUGUUAUAUUAAAAGCGUUGAUACGACGACAUGGAAUUAUUUAUUGAAUAUACAUAAACAUACGCACAUAUUCGACUCCAUUUUUAUCAGACUAUCGAAACCACUUGCAGCUUGAUUAGUUACUUUGCUGUAUAAAUUCGAUUUUUGAAAAAAGCUUGCAAUAUCGCAUAAAACAUCACCACUCAACCGGGUUUUAGACGUUUUUACUAUUUCUAAUAGAACUAGCCGUAUUUUUUGCUUCACAUCUGUUCUCAAUUUUUUUAUACCAUCAUGGUGUAACAGUUAUGGUUUGUUAAAUUAUAAACCUAGUAUACUCGCAGUGAUGUCAAGUGUUGUUUUGUUUACAUAAAUCUUCUAAUUUGUGGCUCCUAUUUACAAAUCGUUGCAUUAUAAUAGCCGAAUCAGUGAAACAUCUGCAGUCAUCUGUGAUAAGUCAUAAUUUCAAGUUUAAAGAAAAUCUUUGCCCCAAAAGCGGCUACGAUUUUGUUAAUAGAUUUGCUUUGAGCAGUACUUAGCUGCUCAGAUGCGUGAUCAGUCUAAUCAUACGAUCAAUUCCUACUGACAACGAAAUAAUGUUAUUCACUUUAUAGAAGUGAGUAUUUUCUAACUUGUUAUUACGAAUUUGAAGAGUGGACAUUUUUUAUGUCGGUAUAUUACCCUAACGUGAGUUUCAAUUAUCACGUUUAUUAAGGAUACCAGUGAUUCGCCGUUCUACGCAGUACGGUACCCAACAAAUUUGCUAAUUUAUUAUUGAGAAUAUGAAGCAGCUUGGUCGUUUAUACACGGGGCCAAGCCAUUGAACUUGAAUAAGCCAGUCGGCAUCUCGUUGGUAGUUAGAUACGUAAAAUCAUCUAUUGAGAUAGGUAUGCUAACCAGACUUUAUAGAUACGGAAAGUAACUGACUCUGAAAACACGAACGUCGUAAGAACGUCGCGAAAGACUGAUAAACUCUGUAAAAUUGUAUGAAACCUUUCUAUUUGUAUUUUUAUAUUGUGAUUCGCCCGUGUUUCUGCAGAAUAUUGAUUAUGAAAGAAUCCGUCAUGAUGAUUCAUCAAUGAAUUAAUUUUUCUAAGAAUUAUUGAAACUCGAUACUUCUUCGUCGAGUCCACUAUGCAGCAAAUAUUAUUUAACUAUAAACCAUCAGAAAGUAUCGAUUCAAGUACACUAUAUACCAAAAGAAACGACUCGAUACGCUGACCUGAUAUACACCAUUACGUAGAGAAGAGAUGGUUUUAUACGAAAAAGUUGCUGCGACAUGCAGUGUAUCCCUGAAGAUGAAAGAAAAAAAACAAAAAACGGAAAAAAGAAAUAAAUUUUUUUCGUCCCCUAGCAAUAAAAGCACUUAGAAAUUGGUGAAGUACAAGUUUCUGGCUCAGUCAUCGAAACUAAUUUGGAAUAUCGAACUGCCGUUAAAUUAAUGACUGAUCUUCAACAGUUGUAUGUUGACCAUUGAAACGAAUUAAAAUGAAUGUAAGUAUUUAAGUAGUGAAAAUUGAAGAUUUCUUUUCAUAGUUAUCGUCGUCAUUCAGGGUAACAAAACCGCUCGAUCGAUCGAUUGCCUAAAAAUUGACGAGUCGUUGUUAAUUGAUACUAACUAUAUUCCCGAUUAAUCUUCACUUGCUAUUUAACUUAUACAAACCUAGGAGAAAGAAAGAAGAUAGAAAAAAAAAGAAAUAAAUAAAACGAUGAAAAUAAUAGACUUAAUUAAAUCGAAGGAAAAUACUUUAAUAUACAUGAACACUAAACUUCUAAAACGAAUUUCGGUAUAGAUUAGGCGUUAUUAUGCACAACUUGUCACGCGGAGCAGAGAUUGAAACAAAACAUAUGAGAUAGAAAAGCUACAGUGAUAUGAUACAUGGCAACUUGAUAUUUUGGGGGGGGUGCUUCUCAUGCCGAUUAUAUCUUACAAAUAAUACACCUACCGAAGUUCAACUACGAUAAUGAUUUAAGGUGUUUGAUACAAGUAGUGACCGAACAUUCCUGAAACUGAAAAUUUAUGCUUUAAAAUACCAAUCAGUCUCAAUUAAACAGGCUUGUCCAAGCUAUCUAUAAUAAUAUACGGGAGAAUAAACUAAACCUCGUUAAUUUUGAGCUGUGAAUACGAAUAAUAUUAUAACGAUUACCGAUAAGUAAUAAUUACAUUACUGUUUGAACACGUUUAUAAUUAUCAAUUUAGGUACGAAAAUUUGAUUUCACGAUAUGCAAGAUUAUUAAUUUUUUUUUUUUUUUUUUUCAUUUGAUUUCUUUUAAUUUUCUCCUUUCACGCCGGAGAAGCCGGAUCAAACUAUAGGAUUGCCUUCCACUUGCCGAGUGGAUCGACGACUGCAAAGUUAUCUCUCAAUCAAAUUCACUUGUAUCCUGAUAUAUUUUUAUCCCUUUCGAAUGAGAGAACUCGUGCAAACCUUAACAAACCAGGCAAUAAAUCUUGUUACACUGUAAAAAAGUAAAGGUCAAAGGAAAUUGCAACAUCUUAUGAACUGAUGAUCGAUGCGCGCAAUUUUUGUUUUUGCAUUUCCAAAUAGAAAUCUACUUAUAUAUACAAUUAAACAUAUAAUUUUAGAAGGAACCAAAGUUCGCAAAGAUGGACUUCGUUAUCCCGUUAUAUGUAUAUGUAAUAUGUAUAUAUAUAUAUAUAUACAUUUUCCGACAAAUCUUAAUUUUGUAAAUAGAAUACGCUCGUACGCAAGUCUGAAACAUGUUUCAAUUAUUAUACUGAAAAAGAAGAAAAAAAAAAGAGAAAAAAACAACAGAUAAAAAAAAAAAAAAAACACAAACGAACAUAAAAAGGCCUAGUUUUGUAGUACAUAUACACCUAUAUUCGCGGUGCAAAAUGAAGCAUAUGCGUUUCACCUGAGACAAAAAGGCUAUGUUACACCAUAGUUUACACUAUAUUCUCAUUGAUAAUCUUUGCCUCUUUAUUUUCACAGAUAAUUGCUAUAUUAUGUACCUACUAAAAUUUUAUCGUCAAGAGUGUUAACCCGGGAUAGAAUUUUUUCUAACUGUAACUAUUAACUGCCAUUUCUAUAUGUUGAGUGUCACUCUGUUUUUCUAAUUUCCAAUCGAAAUGUUUAUGCUAUUUGGCGUAAUACGAUUCCAUGUUUUACUUUAAAAUUUAUUUCCAAAUAACUUGGUUGGCUACUUCUUAACAUGUAUACGUGUAGAUUUUUCUUUUUUCUCCUAAAAUUGAAGCAAAAAAAUUAAUCGAAAACCAAAUUUCCAAUCAAUGCGAAUCAUUAUGGUCAUAUUAUGUCAUUGAUCAUCCUUCCCUUGUAUAAAUUGUCGAGAACCUUAAACAUCAAAUUAGACACAUUCUUCGUGCGUUCAUUUCGCUUGCGCCAAGCAUCCUUGCAUUAAGAGGAAAUAAGAAAAGAAAACAAAGUACAUCAUAAAGUAGAGCAAUUUUUAUUUUGUCUAUAAAUAUUAAUUAAAUAGUGAAAUAAUUGAUUGAAUAAAUUUAAUUGAAAAAAACAACAAAGAAACAAGAAAAAACACAAAAUAAAGACUUACGAUUUUACAAUUACGGAUAAAAUAGCACUAUAUACAUGUUUCUUACUACUAAUAUUAUUAUUAUUAUUAUUAAUAUUAUUACAAUUAUUAUUACUAUUGCCACUAUAAUGUUAUUACUGUGAUAAUCAUUAAUAACAUCGGUAUGGUUAUUAUUAUUAUUAUUUCUACCGACGUUUUAUUAUUAUUAUUUUCAUCAUCAUCAUCAUCAGUAUCAUCGUCCCCCAUCAUAUCACGAUAUUGUAUAUAUACAGUAGCGCUCAGAAGUAUUUUGAUAAUAUAAAAUUCGUAAUUACUUUGAUCAAUCGUUUGUCUUACUUUUCUUUAUCUUCACUUUAUUUUCGAGAAAUCGAGAGUUAAUUUUUAACAAUUAUGUAGAGCAUCGAAUUUCUUUCAAUAAAUAAUAUUAUUGAUUUUUGUAGUUUAUACUUGCAUGUAAUUAACUCAAUUACUAUAUUUUGUCAAAAUACUUCUGAGCGCUAUUGUAUGUAAAAAUGUACAUACGUACGAUCAUCAUUCAGGUACAAAAUGCAUUUCUACUAAAAUAAAACUCGAACAGGAAACAAUUAUUAGUGAAACGUAGCAAAGUGCCUAUGCAUUUAUGUAUGCAUACCUGUGUAUGUGUGUACAUUGCUUGUAUGACGUAUAGUUCUUGCGUGAGCUGUUGAAAUUCCCACUGCAACGGUGAACGGAAAAAUAAUUUGAUAAAGCAUGCAAAAAAAUAAUUAUUAUACUUAUAUAGAUUAAAGAAAAAAAAAAAAAACAAUCCUUGACAACCGACAAUACUGACUGUUAAAAUAAAA